GCCGUGGGGAGAUGCAGGGACGAGUGGCGCCGGGAGGAGAUGCAGGGGAGAUGCAUAGCUCUUUGGAAGGAGAAGGAAAUAAUUUUUGCUUACCAAUUUGAUGCCAGAUUGUGGUCUAAAAUAGCUGUGCAUUGGUUGCUUGCAGAUGGAUACUGACCAAAGCUUCUUGGACAUCCUUGAUUUUGGUUACACGCAAACACAACUAGAAAGUCCAAUUGAAGAGCAGGCAACUCCAUCAACUCAGCAUCGUUCUGCAAUAACAGAGAAAGGAAAAUCCAACAAAGGCAAAAAUUGGUCUAGUGAUGAGGACAAGGUUCUCAUAGCAGCAUGGGCAAAUACAAGUUUGGAUAUUGUUGGGACAGAUCAAAAUCGGGAUGCUUAUUGGGAUAGAAUUUCAGAGUACUACAACACACACAAGGAAUCAUCAUGGCAGGAGCGUAAUGCUAAUGCAAUCAAUUGCCGUUACACAAUGAUUAACAGAGAGACCUCUAAAUUUUGUGGUUGCCUUCAGCAGAUUUUAAAUAGGCAAGAAAGUGGAAGGACUAUACAAGAAAAGACAAACGAUGCACACAUUUUGUUCAAGGAAAUGGAUCUUAAAAAAAAGAAGCCUUUCACACUGAUGCAUUGCUAUGUAGAGUUUUCGAAGUAUCCAAAGUGGCAGACAAGAGAAGUUGAAACUUCUCUUAAGAAACAAAAGAAGACCAUUGAUGCAAGUCCGGGCACAGCCACCAAUGAUCCGGCUGAUGCAUCCUCGGUACGUACUGAUGCUACCUCGAUACACACUGAUGCUCUUGAACAUGAGAAAAGACCUGAUGGUGUGAAGAGGGACAAGAGAGGUAAAGCUGAUGACAGUGCUUGCAAGCUGUCAUUAGAAACUGUGUGGGCAGCAAAGCUAGAGAAGGAUGAGAUCAAAGAGGCGGCAAGAAAUGCUCGCUAUGCACAACAAUUGGAAUUGCGAAAAGAGGAGAUUGCACUCAAAAAGAAUGAGGAUGCACGAAACGAGAGGGAGGAUGCACGGAGACAGUUUGAAUUAGAUGAGAGGAUCAUGCUCAUCGACACAAGUGGUAUGACUGAUGUUCAAAAGCAGUUCUACCAAGCUAAGCAGAAGGAGAUCCUUGCUCGCGGCCUAGGGUAAUGUGAGCUAUAUGUUGUAGUUGUAAGAACUAUUUACUGCUUUCUGCUAGUUGAGGACAUGGAUUACAUCACUCAUUGCAUAAAUAUUUUUAUUGAUAGCUGCAUUACAAAGACAUGGAUUACUCGUUUCCAAACUUUUGCCACACAUGGUCAAUUAGAUCAAGUUUAAGCUGAUCAUGUUCAUCGAAAUUUCUAAUCCGAUGAGUCAUCUGAAUAAAAGAGCUCAGUUCUUCCGCAUGAGUACGAGAGACUGUGACUCUUUCUCCCAUUGCCUCAAAAGUGCAGCUUUGCCGACCAGUUUGUCGCUCCUCUUCAACUAUCAUAUUGUGCAUUAUGACACAAGCUUUCAUGACAUCAGUGAUUUCUUUACGUUUCCAUCCUUUAGCAGGUCCACGAACAAUGGCAAAACGGGAUUGCAGAACUCCAAAGGCUCGUUCCACAUCUUUCCUAGCCCCCUCUUGCUUCUUGGCAAAAGUUUUAUGCUUUCUGCUAGUUGGAGCUGGUAUGCUCUUCACAAAUGUUGCCCACCGUGGAUAGAUAUCAUCUGCAAGGUAA